UAGGACCCGGAGGUGGCUGAGCCGGAGCGUCAGGAUGCCUGUCUCCUUUGUCAUCCUCUUUGCCUCUGCAGCCUUCCUCUCCUGAUUCCCUUCAAUGGUGGCUGACCACCUCUUCCUCCACAGACCAGUGUUGUGACCCCCCAAUGGCCUCCCCCAGGACUAUAACCAUUGUGGCCCUCUCCUUGGCCUUGGGCCUCUUCUUUGUCUUUAUGGGGACCAUCAAACUGACCCCGAGGCUCAGCAAAGAUGCCUACAAUGAGAUGAAACGGGCCUACAAGAGCUACGUCCGGGCGCUGCCCAUGCUGAAGCGGAUGGGGAUCAGUUCCAUCAUCCUUCGUAAGAGCAUCGGGGCUUUGGAGGUGGCCUGCGGCAUUGUCAUGACGCUGGUCCCCGGGCGCCCCAAGGACGUGGCCAACUUUCUGCUGCUGCUGUUGGUCCUGGCAGUGCUCUUCUUCCACCAGCUGGUGGGAGACCCCCUCAAGCGCUACGCCCAUGCCUUGGUCUUCGGCAUCCUGCUGACCUGCCGCCUGCUCAUUGCCCGCCAGCCUGAAGAGCAGCCGCCGGAGAAGAGGACCAUGGCUGUGAAUGGAGAGGAGCAGCCACUUCUCGCAGAAGGAGAGCCAGAGAAGGGCAAAAUCAAGGUCUCCUAGUGGGGCACCUUUGAGGGACACGCGGACCCUCCAUGCAGCUCUUUUCCCCAAAACAUCUAUGAAAAAAAAGAUUUGCGUUCCUUUUCCUUUUUUUGGUUCCGUAAAGGGUUGCAUAUCGGAGCAUGGGGUAAACCUUAAGUUUGCCAACUAAACAACGACUUGGCUUGUGCACUCCAAACCUCUACAGCUGCCCUCUGCUACACCCCCACAUGUGUAGAUAUGAUUUAAUUGUAAUGGCUCUGGAGGGGAAUAAGUGUACCUUGUGUUGGGUGUGUGUGUGUGUUUUGUGCAUAAGGGGAGAGACUGCUGGGUUGGUUGGGUAAAACUGCUUGAUGGCGGAAUCACCUAAAUGGCCUCUGAUCCAACCUGGAUUCUUUAGGAGCAAAAGGAGUGGGAAGGAAGCUCCAAAUCCUGUGCUUGUUCACUCCCCUUGUCCUUUCCCCUCUUUGCCCAGCAUCUUGCACUGGAGCGAUGGGCAUUUCUUUCUUGCUUCACAUGAGCCAAGUGGUACGCCCCACACAGAGAAUAAAGAAUGCUGUAUACCCAAUAAUAAUAAUAAUAAUAAUAAUAAUAAUAAUAAUAAUAAUCACCUGCAGUUAUUUCAGUCUCCCAGGUCUGUCUGUGUUGCUCUCACAAGAUCCAGGACCUCUCUCCGCAUCACCCAACACAUUAACCUGCUUUUCCUGCCAUCCGUUCACUCUCUAACUUCAUGGAGUGACAGGUUUCUGUGGAUGGGUUGGAGAAGUUCGUUCUUGGCACUAGGAACAAGCUUCAUGUCCCAUCUUGCAACUCAACCUAACAAAUCAAAUGAUAGCAAAGUCCCUCUUAAGAUGCUCUUCAGAUUGGAGGGGGGAAUAAAGAAGGAAAAAAGAAAAACUGUCAUGAAGAAACACAUCUCUUACAUGUAUGUUGCCUUUCUUGGUAGUGUCCGGUUGCAUUCCUCCCUUCUUUUUCUCCCCUUAAUUUAUAUUUUAAGAAAAAUAAACCUUUUUAAAAUUUGGAGGAAAA